AUAAGAUAAGAAAGAACGUAUUCGGGGCUGUGUUAUUGUGUGUGAACAUAUUCAAUUCAAUAUUCAAUUGCCAGUUUAUUGAAUAAAUUUUAAAGAAAGAGCAUUCCUCCAGAGAACAAGAAUUGCUGUUCUGUUGCUCAUUUUAUGUGCAAUGAUAAAAUGCCUUUAAUAACACCGCAAUGCUCAUAUGACGCAGCAGACAGUUUGCAAAGGCAGACGUCGUCGACUGUGGCAGCGGCGACGAUAACGACGACGACCAAAACAACAGCGUCGCAAAUUAUCAGCACCAACAAUAGACAGCAACAACAAUAUCCCUUUUCACUGAGACCAUGUUGUCGUACUUAUCAUCUUCAUUGUCAGCAGCCACCAACAAAACAACAUCAUAGCAUCAACAGCAACAACAACACCAAUAGCUACGAUAAUGUCCACACCAUCACCUCUACAACUACGGCCAACAAGAACAACAAUAGUGUCGCGUCCAAAUGCUGUUGGCGACAUGGAUUUUCGUCUCCUUUGUUGUCGUUGUUUGCAGCACCCCCAACAUUGUCGCCGCCGUUAUUGUUUGCCGGCAAUAAAGUCAGACAACGUUCUUCUGCAAAUGAUUUUGGCGUUGUCGGUGGUGGCAGUGGUGGAAGCACAACAUUUGGUCUUCGUCUGGCGUCUGUGCACAAACUACAUUUUGUUCUAUUCCUGCUAUUCAAUUUGCUGCUAAGAACGUGCUGUGGCCAACUCCUGAUAAAUGUACAAAAUCAAGGCGGAGAAGUUAUACAAGAAAGCAUUACAUCGAAUGUUAGCGAAGACCUGAUAACAUUGGAAUUCCAGAAGAGUGAUGGAACGCUGAUAACGCAAGUUAUUGAUUUUCGAAAUGAGGUACGCAUCCUCAAAGCCUUGGUUCUGGGCGAGGAAGAACGUGGCCAAAAUCUCUAUCAGGUCAUGUGCUUUGUGACGAAAUUCAAUAAGGGUGAUUUCAUAUCAUCCGAUGCAAUGGCCAAACUACGUCAAAAGAAUCCCAGUACAAUACGAACACCCGAAGAGGACAAGGGCAAAGAUACAUUUACGAUGACAUCGUGGGUGCAUUUAAAUCGUUCCCAGCCCAUUUCGCGUCAUUUGUUGACAAUGUGUGGCGAAGCAAUUGAUGCCACCUAUGUACGGGACGUUGACCUGAAAGCAUGGUCUGAAUUACCAGGUUCCUCAAUAUCUAGCCUUGAGGCUGCCACCGAGAGAUUUCCCGAUACUAUGUCAUCACGCUGCAACGAAGUAAGUAGCUUAUGGGCACCAUGUAUCUGUACCCUAGAGACUUGUAUUGGUUGGUAUCCUUGCGGUUUGAAAUAUUGUAAAGGUAAAAAUGGCGGUGAUAAUUCGGCAGCAUCAUCAAAUUAUCGCUGUGGCAUUAAGACGUGUCGUAAAUGUUCACUUUUCUCGUAUUAUGUGAGGCAAAAACAACAAUGUCUCUGGGAUGAAUGACGAGAACUGCAACAAUCGCUGUUGCCACCACAAACGACGAAUACUCAAUUACAAUUGAAUUUAUGGCAAAGGAGAAAUGUGGUAUAUGAUGAAAGUGACGGAGGUGUAGAUGGGGUGUUAUGCUGCUCAAAUUUGUACAAAAUAUUCAAGACAAUAAGGAAACAACAAUUACCAAUGACAUUUCUUCAGCAUUAUCGAAUUUUCCCUUUACAUCAUAACGAGGAUAAUGUUCAUCAUCAUCAUCGAAAACAUUUUCAUAGUCAACAAAAACCUAUAGAAAUUGUUGAAUUAUUAGAAUCUUCAUACCACCACCAUAUGACUAUAACGAGUAUCAUAACAAUGCUGAUGAUGAUGAUAACGUCCUUAACAACUUCAUUAUAGCCCAGAAACCUAUGUUUAAAAGGACGAUAGUAAAUGCCUGUUUGUUUUUAUAUUAUAUGACAUCGUCGUCAUCAUCAUCACCACCAUCCUUUUCUGUGUUUAACAACGAUAAACUUGGUUUUUGGGUCCGGCUAUUAAGUUACAAUAUUCCAUUUUGAUGGGGUUAGUAGUAACAUAAUGGAAAAUGGAAGUGCUUUUAGUAACAUCAGACAUAUGUAAAUAUUUAUGUAUAUAAGUUUCCUUUUCUUUACCCAAAAAGAGUUCAGUUGAGUAUAUAUAUAUA